AUGGGUGACUACUCGAAAGCACUUGAAUUUUACGAAAAAGCACAUAAAAUAAAAGAAAAAGCUCUGCCUUCAAAUCAUCCCGAGGUGGCUACCUCCUACUACAACAUCGGUCAAGUGUAUACGGACAUGGGUGACUACUCGAAAGCACUUGAAUUUUACGAAAAAGCACAUCAAAUCUUCGAAAAAGCUCUGCCUUCGAAUCAUCCCGAUUUGGCUGCUUCAAAGCAUGCUAUUGGCCUUACAUAUGAAAACAUGGGGGAAUACUCGAAAGCACUUGAAUUUUACGAAAAAUCACAUCAAAUCUACGAAAAAGCUCUGCCUUCGAAUCAUCCCGAUUUGGCUAGUUCCUACAAUAACAUCGGUGGAGUGUAUGAUAACAUGGGUGACUACUCGAAAGCACUUGAAUUUUACGAAAAAGCACUUAAAAUAAAAGAAAAAGCUCUGCCUUCGAAUCAUCCCGAUUUGGCUAGUUCCUACAACAACAUCGGUACAGUGUAUAACAACAUGGGUGACUACUCGAAAGUACCUGAAUUUUACGAAAAAGCACUUAAAAUAAGAGAAAAAGCUCUACCUUCGAAUCAUCCCGAUUUGGCUACUUCCUACAUUUGCAUCGGUCUAGUGUAUAACGACAUGGGUGACUACUCGAAAGCACUUGAAUUUUAUGAAAAAGCACAUAAAAUCUACGAAAAAGCUCUGCCUUCGAAUCAUCCCAAUUUGGCUACUUCCUACAACAACAUCGGUGGAGUGUAUAACAAAAUGGGUGACUACUCGAAAGCACUUGAAUUUUACGAAAAAUCACUUAAAAUCUACGAAAAAGCUCUGCCUUCGAAUCAUCCCGAUUUGGCUAGUUCCUACAACAACAUCGGUGGAGUGUAUAACACCAUGGGUGACUAUUCGAAAGCACUUGAAUUUUACGAAAAAUCACUUAAAAUAAGAGAAAAAGCUCUGCCUUCGAAUCAUCCCAAUUUGGCUACUUCCUACAACAACAUCGGUGGAGUGUAUAACAAAAUGGGUGACUACUCGAAAGCACUUGAAUUUUACGAAAAAGCACAUAAAAUAAAAGAAAAAGCUCUGCCUUCGAAUCAUCCCGAUUUGGCUAUUUCAUAUGGCAACAUCGGUCAAGUGUAUAAUGAUAUGGGCAAUUACUCCAAGGCACUUUCGUUUCUCGAAAAGGCGCUAACUAUUCAACAGAAAACACUUCCGCCAUCACAUUCUCAUUUGGCUAUAUCGUACUGGCACUUGGGCUCGAUAAAUGAGAAGAUGCAUAAAUAUUCGGAGGCACUUUCAUUUUUAGAAAAGGCACUUUCUACCUUUAAAAAAUCACUUCCACCCAGCCAUCCUCAUACUCAAUCGGUGAGAAACGCGAUUGACAAUGUAAGAAAGAAAAUCUAA